AUGCGCACUACCCCGACCCUGGCUCUAGGGGCUCUGCUCAACAUCAUUCCUUCGCACAUUGCAGCGGAGGAAAGAGCCAGAAGCGCAGCCUUUAGGCUGCUAGUCAGUGGGAGCUGGAGACGGGCCUCCUACGGGCACGCAUCGAUCCUGUCAAGAACGGAAGACUUCGAGGAAGUCAACCGUCUUGGGGGUGACUGGUGCUCAAAGAAGUACCAUUUCCAAUACAAUUACAAGGUCCUCUUCCUAGAUAGACAAUCAUGGGCAGAGGACCAAAAUCAUUUAUUGGCACCCGCAGGGCCCGUCUGGUAUACAGAUGAGGCUAAAGCGGGUUCCAAUGCGGGAGCAGGAGUCUGGUCUGAAGGGCCUAGGACCGAAUUGUCCUACACCCUAACCGGUACCGCCUCUGUUCUUCAGACGAAGCUGUUUGCCAUUUGUUCCUGCGCCCACAGUAUCCUCGAAAGGGGGUACUAUGGCAAACAUAUCUACAUUUGUAGUGACAGCCACUCUGCGCUUAGCCUUGUACACAGCACCGUGGUCAAGUCUGGGCUGGUGAAGGACUGUGUCGACUUGUUGACACGGCUAGGCAGUGUCAACAGAGUAAGGUUGCUCUGGGUGCCGGAUCAUAGUGGCGUUCAGGGCAACGAAAGAGCGCACGAGCUUGCCAGACUUGGAGCUUCACGGCACGAUCUGGCAAGCCCAGUCCACAUCAGCGUGUCAGAGAGGCUCAUGCCGUGGAGGUCUAGGAAGUGGGCUUUAGACCGCUUCAGGAAUCUUUGGGUGCAAGGCUCUGGCAUGGAGCACACGAAGGCUCUGUUUUCAGGGCCUUCGGAGGAGCUAAGUACCGAGCUGAUCAACCUAGACCGAGCCCAAUUGAGGCUGGUGGUAGGAUUGGUCACCGGGCACUGGCACCUUAGAAAGCACCUUACGCGACUGGGCCUUGCACAAGACUCGGUCUGCGGCAGGUGUGGCGAAGGAGAGAAUACCCCUCUUCAUCUCAUAACUCAAUGCGUUGGGCUCGCGGACGUCAGAAAUGAUGUCCUUGGGACCAGCGACAACAACUUCGACCUAGUAGGCUUAGGGGCGGCCAGACUCCUGCGCUUUGCAAGGGAGCCGGGGCUGCCCGCUGGACCACUAUGGUCAUAG